AGAGGACCUUGAAAAUGGCUUCUGGGCAUGCGCCACAGCGACCGUUACGAGACGCAAAACCGACGCCUUGGAGCUGAGAGCCUAGAGGGACGGAGCUCAGCGCACCAUGAGGCUUCCGGGGCCCAAGGCCGACCGUGAGAGCGCACGAGGUUGGCGAGCCCCGCGGAGAGGCCGAGGCGCGGAUGCGGGCGCCGGCUUAGCCGCGGCGGUAGCGUCACGCAGCGAGGCCGUGCGUGCGCGGGCGUCAGGGCGGCGCUGAGUUGAGGACGCUGGCGGCUCCGCGACGAGCUUUGUUUUUUUGGUUGGGCAUGCUGCUUACCGCAAGAUGAUGGAAGGGACGGCCCGUACAAAGACAGAAGCGUUGGUUUCACUGAGUCAGUGCUGAUUCUCUCAAAUAGAGCUUGAAGGAUAAAUCUUCAUUUUUGUUUCAACAAAACUUGGAAACAAAAUGGAAGAAAAUAAUCUACAGUGCAGUAGUGUGGUUGACGGUAAUUUUGAAGAAGUUCCCAGGGAGACGGCAAUUCAGUUUAAACCUCCACUAUACAGACAGCGGUACCAGUUCGUUAAAAAUUUAGUGGAUCAACAUGAGCCUAAGAAGGUUGCAGACCUGGGAUGUGGUGAUACUUCACUCUUAAGGCUGCUAAAAGUCAAUCCAUGCAUUGAAUUGCUUGUUGGAGUAGAUAUUAAUGAGGAUAAAUUACGAUGGAGAGGGGAUUCGUUAGCUCCUUUCCUGGGGGAUUUUCUGAAACCUCGGGAUCUGAAUUUGACCAUCACAUUGUAUCAUGGCUCCGUUGUGGAGAGAGACUCUCGUUUGCUUGGAUUUGACUUGAUAACGUGUAUUGAAUUAAUAGAACAUUUGGAUUCAGGUGAUCUGGCCAGAUUUCCUGAAGUGGUAUUUGGGUACCUGUCUCCAUCCAUGAUUGUCAUCAGCACACCAAACUCUGAAUUCAAUCCCCUGUUUCCAUCAGUGACCUUAAGAGAUUCAGAUCAUAAAUUUGAGUGGACCAGAAUGGAGUUUCAGACCUGGGCUUUAUAUGUGGCAAAUCGCUAUGAUUACUCUGUGGAGUUUACUGGUGUCGGGGAACCACCAGCUGGAGCUGAGAAUGUUGGAUACUGUACCCAGAUAGGAAUCUUCCGGAAAAAUGGAGGAAAGGCAACAGAAUCAUGUCUUUCAGAGCAGCAUGAUCAGCAUGUUUAUAAAGCUAGACAGGGUCUCACUAUGUUGCGCAGGCUGGUCUUGAACUUCCAUCCUCAAGCAGUCCUCCUGCCCUGUCUUCCUAAAAUGCUGAGAUUACAGGUUUUUACCACCUCAUACCCAAGCUUACAGCAGGAAAGGUUCUUUAAACUUGUGUUGGUUAAUGAGGUGUCCCAACAAGUGGAAAGCUUAAGAGUGAGCCACCUGCCAAGGCGGAAAGAACAGGCUGGGGAACGGGGUGAUAAGCCCAAAGACAUUGGUGGCUCAAAGGCCCCUGUCCCAUGCUUUGGACCAGUCUUCACAGAGGUUGAGAAGGCCAAGAUAGAGAACUCUCCUACACCCUUCUGUGUUGGAGAUAAAUUUUUCGUACCUCUGCAGAGACUCCUUGCGUAUCCCAAGUUGAACCGCUUAUGUGCUAAUGAAGAGAUGAUGAGAUCGGUCAUUGCUGACUCAAUUCCUCUGAGCAGUGAUGGUUCUGCAGUGGUGGCUGACCUGCGUAAUUAUUUUGAUGAACAGUUUGAGUUUUGAACCAUGUUUAUUUCCUGAAAUUUCAGGGUCUCAGCGAUAGUUGUGCUCACUUACAAUUUAGUUUUUUUUUGUGUAAUCCUAAUUCAAGUAAUGUUUUUAAAGUUUCACUGCAAAAGUCUAUGUUCCAGGCCAUUGGACAGACCUGCUUGAGAUAUGGCCAGACUGCAGUGAGCCCUGAGAAAGAUAUGAGGGUUUAACUAAAAACGGGUGCUUUCCUUUGAUUUUGGACUUUUUUGUUUUCUCAAGAAUAAAGAAGUUGGAUGUGGUAAUAUGUUAA